AUGCGCGUCAUUGUGCUACCGCGUCAGGAAAUGGCUCACAUGCCGAGCAUUGAGAUCGGUCGUGUUCUGCUAGAUAAGUCGGUCCGCAUUCGAAAAGGCUACGACGACCGCGAGAAUCCAACACAUACAAGUAUGCUUACCGUUUGGUUAUACAGUGGCUAUUUCUGGGAACUGGGUCGCGAGAACACAGCAUGGACAUAUCUUCGUGAAGCCACAACGCAAGCGCAGUUGUUGUCUAUGCACGAUGAGGAAACCUACAAGCAUGAGGUUCUGGAUGCAGCACAGAAGCGGGUGCUAUACUGGCUUCUUUUCAUAUCUGAAAGAACUUAUGCAUUGCACAAGAACCGACCAAUUUCCUUGCAUCCAACUAUACGUUCACCAUUGCCUGAUGAGGUUUCCUCUGAUCGACCUAUCGCUGUGGGACUCCAAGUCAUGAUCAAUAUGUUUUCCAUCGUCGAUGAUACCUUUGUCAAUCUGUGGAAUCGAGUGGGCGAUAGUCGUGCAAGCGACGUGUGGGUCACACAGGUGCAGGCCCAGCUCUCAGAAGCUGUCCCGGAGUUUAUCGAGUGCACCAAAGUGCAGGAAGUACAGAUUCGCAUGACUCAGCAAUGGCUGCGGUCACUGGUAUGGCGACUAAGCACUCGUCAGGGCCCAAUUGGCAAUGCUUCCUGCAACGAUCCGCUGCUACUCGAGCAUUCGAUGGAGAUAGCUAGAGACCUCCUCCUGAUAUCGAACCAGUUCCCCCAGGAGAUGAUGGUGGUACAUGGCACAGGACUGCUUUCCGUUGGUAUCAUCAAGUCUCAGUCUUGGGAUUGA